UUGUCGGUUGGUUGUUGCUAAAAGAUAAGAAAUAGUGGACUACACACGAUGGUCAUGUGGUAGCUGUCAGGAUGUGGCCGUUUAUUUAUCUACUGGUUGUGUUCUGUUUGCAUUCAGUCGCUCAAGUACCGUUCUGUACACAGACUAGUCCCUGCACAUGUGUCCUACACAACGGAACAGUGAUCGACUUGUCUCCCCUGGCUAAGCAGGGUAGCCCUCGAUGGAUCCUCAGAGACCCCAACUUCGAGUUCGCCUACAACCCUUGCUACGACUUUACCUACGGAGGAUGUGCCAACGUCUCGGUGUGUCAGUAUCAGGCGUUCUCAGGUGUGUACUACAGCCUCGGUACACAAAGGUCAGCCUCGUUUCUACAAGACGACUUGGGCGUGGCCUACCUGCAUUACUACAGCAGAGAUAUGCGGGGGUAUAUCAGGUACACAUACAUCCAACUGACGUGCAGUGAUGAAGCAGAUGACAGCUUUACUUAUCUCGGAGAAUAUUACCCAGGACAAUAUAGUUUUCACCUAACCAGCCGCCAUUGCUGCCCAAAGAAGCCAAAUGAAAUACAGUAAAAACCUGGGAUGCCAGCCGUGCAAGCGGAGUAAUCCAAUGUUUAUAAAUGUUCGGUUGUUUCCCUUGACACAUCACAAUAUCGCCUUCACAGAACCAGAUUGUUUUAACUCCAAUUUAAAAAUGCUCACAGC